AACUCUUGUCUGAUUGCGCAAUAUCAGUUGUCAAAAAAAAUGUAACAAGAUUGUAAUAGUUGUUAGCAUACAGUUCUACAAAACUGUGUCUUAUAUCUCACAUUGAGACAAUUUACUCGGAAUGGAUCAAGAUCAGGAUAGAAGACUGUCCAUGCAGUUUGCUCAACCUGUGACCGCGAGCGAUCUAGAAGAAGUCGACCAACCUGAUGUUAGCCACGGUUUGGCCGGUUAUGUUAGCGGACCCUCUACUCCUCUGUCCCUCAUGGAGGACAGAAAAAAAAGCCACGAAGAAGCUGUUCGUAACAUUGAUGAUCCUGUGGAUGUGAAACCAAAGCUUCUAGUCGCUGUAACAGACAAAGAUCAGGAUGAUGGUGGCAGUAUGAAAAGCUUCGGCUCGCUAGAAGAUCUGCUGGUUAACGAACUCUAUGAGGUUGGAUCAGCCCCCGAACCUCAAGAGAGUGAGCUGACCGAAGUGUCUACUGCAGACCAUUGUAGUGAAAUUUCUGAAAUAACCGUAGACUCUGCUCCAAUAGACAAUGGAGGUGAGCUAACAACUGCGAGCCACUGCAUUGAACCAGGAGACCAAGUGGAAGCUAGUCCGCAGGAUAAGACGUUAAUAGCGGACAGUAAGAGUGAUGACGAACUGAAUGCCACAGUCGUUGCUGCUCAAGGAGCUCAACCAAGUGUUGCUGAUACAAGUGCCAUUGGAACUAUGUGGAUUGUUCAUCCUCAUAGGGAGCUCAACCAAGCCGUCGCUGAAACUUCCGAUGAGCUAUUGGAGGUUGUAGAGGAGCGAGUACCCCACACUAACCUUUCCCCUGAGGCUAUCGUCAAUGAGGUGGAGGCUGUGCAGGUGGCAGUCCCAGUGGAACCUCACGGAGUCUUUAGUAUUAUGAUUCUUUUCGGGAAAAAUCGGUAUCUUCUCACGAAAGAUAACGGCACUUCCCUAAGACUUGUGCACACUAACGAAGAUGACACAGUUAGAAUGAUCAUGCAAGAUGAUCAAGAAGUGCCCUUGACAACACCGUUUCCAUUCGAUACCACCUUCGUUGGCAAUGGAACUUUCCCUCAGCACUGCACUUCUGGCACAAAUGACUCUAUGCAAACUCUGCACGAAAACGCUGCAAUCACACAACCACAAAACCAAGAAGUCGCCAAGUAACGAACCGAUACCGGAGGAGGAAGAACGCACUUGGGCCUGGCACUAAUUACAACCUUUCAAUUAAAUUCUUUUAUCGUUUCAUAUUUUAUUUCUUUAUAACUCUGUGUAUUGGACACACCCACUCACUUAACCAAAGUAAGGAGACAUCCAUAUUUCCCACGUGUUGUAUAAAAUAUACAGGCACAAGCCCUGAGGGCGAGCUGUCUGUAUAUUUCAUACAACACGUGGCAAAUAUGGAUGUCUCGUUAAGUGAGUGGGCGUGUCCAAUACACGAAGUUAUAAAGAAAUAAAAUGUGAAACCUUAAAAGAAUUUGAUUGAAAGGUCGUAAUUAGUGCCAGGCCCAAGUGUGUCCUUCCUCCUCUGCAUAAGACUGUCCAUAGUAACAAGCUAAUAGUAAUAACUUUUGCUCAUUGAAACAUUUGCAUAUUAUCCAUAUUCGUAUCUAGUAUUAUAUGUUCAUUAUACCUUUAUACUUUGUGCACUGUACGUCUUCAUUAUUAUUGGUAUAUACGUUAA